AUGGCUAUGAUUGAUAAUAUCAAUCAAUUACCAUAUAUUAUAUUAGUUAGAAUAUUGUCAUUCUGUAAUAACAAUGUAUUCUCAUCAAACUUCUUUCAGAUAUCAAUGGUGUGCACAUUGUGGAAGAAGAAAGCGGCACAGACUGUAAAGACUAUAGAGUUGAAUGAUAUAGAGAUACAUAAUACGCCAUGGGUCGAUAGGUUCUUUCAAUCAUUCUCUCAGCUAUCGGUACUCCGAUUGAAACAAUGCUCGUUGGCACUCAGCCAACUAUCUGCACUGCUCGACUACUUUCAACAUCUUUCCGAGGUCGACAUAUCAUUCUGUCGACUACAUUGUGUUGUAGACAAUCAUAAUAUAGUUCCAUCUUCAACAACAACAACAACAACACCAUCAUCAUCAACAUUACAAUCAACAAACAAUGGAUCAAUCAUCACAACUACAACAUCAUCAUCAUCAAUAUCAACAACAACAAUACAAGAUACAGGUUUAUCAUCAUUUCUUGAGAAACUGGAGAAACAUCCAACAUUGGAGAAUAUAAUGUUUAGCUUCAAUCACUUGGACACUAAACUGACACAGGACUUGUUGGGAUUGGUUAGAAUACCGGACCAUUACAAGAUCAGUUUGACCAUCAACUUGAUGUGCACCAAUGGCAUCAAUGUGAUUUGCGAGAUAAUGAAGUCGAAUCAAUCGAUCAUCAAAGCACUCAACCUCAACCGCUCAAAGAUUGGUCGCGAGAUGUCCUCCCUGAGCGUCUUCUCCGACGUGCUCAAGUUCAACCACAGCCUCACGUCGCUCGACCUCUCGUCCAACCAGAUCACUGACACCUCUGCCAAGAUACUCGCCGACUCACUGGCCAGCAACGACACGCUGCUCAUCCUCAACCUGGCCACCAACGAGAUCAAGAAGGACGGCUCUGUGGCGCUGGCCACCGCGCUGCUCACCAACCGAUCAAUCACAACACUCAACUUUAGCUACAACAAUCUGGGCGAGGAGGGCACGCGAGCAUUCUCCGAGCUGAUCGAGCGGAACACGUCUCUCACAGACCUCAACCUGUCCGCCAACAAGAUCACAUUCUUUAAGGCGCCCCAGAUCACCAAUGCCCUGCGCAACAACAAGACGCUCAAAUCACUCAAUCUCCUGCGCAACAUGAUUGAUCACGUCGGUGCCGAGUACAUUGCCGACGGCCUGCUAUUCAACGAGGCGCUCACAUCGAUCAAUCUAUCAUCCAACAAGUUUGGCAACAACGGGGCGAUACUCAUCGCCAAUGCACUGAGCUACAAUCGAAACACAAGGAUCACCGAGGUCAACCUGAGCAGCAACUGUAUCGAGGAUGAUGGAGCGGCAUCAUUCUCCUCGGUAAUCCUUUACAACAACACGGUGAGCAGUCUGGACCUCUCUGUGAACUGGAUCAACAGCAAUGGCGUUGUGGCGCUCGCCGGUGCCUUUGUCAAGAACCCCCUGUCCUCCAUCACCUCAAUCGAUCUGAGUUGCAACACAAUCAGUCCACUUGGUGCGCGGUCAAUCUCAGCGGCGUUGGCCGCCAACUGUUCGCUGCGCCACAUCAACUUCUUCAGUAACAACAUCGAGACAGAGGGCGCACUCGAGCUGUCCAAAGCCAUCACACAGAAUCAAACACUCACGUCACUGGAGCUGUCGACCAACCUCAUUGGCAACGAGGGCACCAAGUACAUCUGUGAGUCACUGCUGCAGAACACGACCAUCGUGUCACUGUCGCUCUCACAGUCUCUGAUCGCCUACGAAGGCAUCAAGUACCUGGUGGAGCUCAUCAACACCAAUCAAACAAUAACUUUUCUCGAUCUCUCCUACAACUUUAUCGGUCCCAAGGGUGCCGAGGAGUUGAGUCUGGCGCUGGUCAACAACAGCACGAUAACCUCACUCGAUCUAUCUUCAAACUCGAUUGGCGACGAUGGUGCGGCCGCCAUCUCCAACAUAUUCCCCAAGAACAACACAUUACAGCGACUAUCAUUAUACAACAACAAGAUCGGACCCAAAGGUGCCAAGCCAAUCGUUGAGAACCUGUUAAAGAACCAUUCACUCUACUCAAUCAAUCUGUUAGCCAACCGAAUCGAUGCAUAUAUACUCAAACCAAUUGUCAAAAGACUGGAACAUCUAUUACCAGCUCCAUCCUAG